AGUAUUUUAAACGCGGUAAUUUUCUUGAUAGUUCAGACGCAAACCAAACGCAACCAUCUUACAACUCUGUUAGGGUUAUAGAGGGAUAAAGAAAGAAUAGUAGCUAAAAGAAAAUAUUGAUAAGGAAUCAAAACUUUGUUAUGACCGAGGGGAAUAGAAAUUACAAAGAAGACGUAGGGUAUACGACCGAGUUGUGUAACUACUUGCUUCGUACACUCGGGAUAUGGCCAUUUUCGAAGAAAAAAAAGGGAUAUAUGGAAAGUUUGCUAAAACUUCUCGUCAUUUUAUUUAGUUACUCUUUACUGUGUUUCUUCGUUGUACCAGCUGUACUUCAUCUACUCUUGAUCGAAAAAGAUUCUCACGUGAAGCUGAAAAAAUUGCCGCUCAUCUUUUACAACGUCAUUUCGAUCGCGAAAUACAGCGGAUUGCUCUUGCAGGAGAAUCAAAUCGCUCGUUGUUUGAAGCACGUCGAAGAGGAUUGGAAAAGUAUAGGAAGUGAACAUUACCGUAUGAUAAUGAAAGAAAAAGCAAAGCUCGGAAGACGAUUGCUUCUCAUUUGCGGUAUUCUCAUGUAUAGCAGUGGUGGUUUCAAUCGAAUUUUUCUACCCCUUUCUAGGGGUAAGAUAGUAACUCCUCAAAAUAUUACGAUCAGACCUCUUCCUUGUUCCGGAUACUAUAUCUUCUUCGAUGAUCAAAUCAGUCCUAAUUAUGAGAUCAUCUUUUGCUUGCAAUGCAUCUCUGGAUUGGUCACUUAUUCUAUUACCACAGCGAUCUGUGGCUUGGCAGCACUUUUCGUUAUGCACACUUGCGGACAACUCGAAAUUCUCGUCGAAUUAAUCGAAGGUAUCGUUGAAAAGACAGAUAACGGAGAAAAUCAAACGAAUAAGCUGAUUUCUAUUACGGUCGAGCAUCAAAUUAGAGUACGAAGUUUUUUGCAAACGGUAGAAGUUACGAUGCAUCAGAUAUGUUUGUUCGAGCUCAUGGGUUGCACCUUGACCAUGUGUUUCUUUGGAUAUUGUUUGAUUACGGACUGGAGCAAUCGCAACCCGACUAGUAUUUGUACAUACUUUAUCGGGCUUUCAUCUAUAACAUCUCAUAUUUUCAUGUUCUGUUUUGUCGGUGAACAGCUUACUUUACAGGCGGAGAAGGUGGCUUUAACAUCUUGCGUACUCGAUUGGUAUCGUUUGCCAAACAACAAGGCCAAGAGCGUCAUUUUAAUAAUGGCUAUAUCUCACUGUCCCAUGAGAAUUACAGCAGGAAACGUAAUAGAACUUUCUCUUCAAACUUUUGGUCAGGUUAUCAAAACAGCAGCAGCAUAUUGUAAUAUAUUACGAACAGUAACUUAAUCAUUACUUUCUCAAGUAGUAAAAAGAAUAUAAAAUAUAUGUAAAAAACGUGAUAAAACGAUGUAAAAAUUUCAGAUUCAUGCAAAUAAUUUUUUGCAUUAUAAUUUAAUAAGGUGUAAAUCAUGAUGUUCUCGAUCCACUUUAAAUGAAGCUUUUUUUAUACU